AUGGAGAAAUCACCACGGUAUAGCAGGGCCUCUCAGCCUAGUUCCUCAGCCUCAUUGAAUAAGAGCCGGAGUGGUUAUGAACCGUCUGAUACGGAGAAUGACUGGCAUGAAAGUCCAUGGCAUGAGAGCAAUGAUAAGAAUGGAGCUUUAGGCUCUGAAGGUCUUAAAAACAUGAUGCCAAGAAAUACCAGCCCAAUGAAACUCAGCAGGAGGCAUUCAUCGAGGUUCGAAUAUGAAGUCUCAUCUCCUGCCAAGGCUUCUGUGGCCAGCCCGGCUCGAUGGAAACACAGCAGUACCAAGUCCCCACACAAGCCAACGAGAGAUAAUGGUAAAGCUCUUUCACCCGCACCAGGUUUUGAUUUUCGGAGAAAUAUUAGUCCUUUGUCAAGAGCUGAGCUUCAAAGACAAAAGUCUCCCUAUAAACCUGGCGUAGAGGAGCACAAUUUGGAUAAGAAUGGUUUUGUAGGCUCAAGUAGAAAGCAGAAUCGCAGAACACCCACUAGAGAGGGAACUGGAGCUCAUCCACAGCUUCUUGAAGUCAAUAGAGUGAGUGAGAAAACACACCACAGGCGUAGAUCAGCGACUGCUCCAAGAGCCAGAGGGAGAGAGGAAGACCCAAAAAACGACUAUGGUCAUAUGUUGCAAAGAGAAGAGAGGAACCCCUCACCAUUGUCAAAAGCAACUUCAAUCGGUGAACUCAAUGAAAUGAUUGCCAAGGCAAAGCUUUCUAGUGACCACAAAGGUAAUGCUCCAAUAAUUGACAGCACGGGAUCCUUUUCACCAGGUGAUAUCUUCUUUUCUCGUGACCACAGGGUGCUGGCAUUGCAGAAGAAUGUCUUACCCAAAAAUAAUGGUUUUGAAAGGCAUUUGAUCAGCCCAAAGCCAAAUAUACUUUCCGCAAGAAACGCUACUGCUCGUCUCCGACUGAGAGCAACUGAUAAUUUUGAUCACAAUGCCCGGGAUACUUCAUCCAGGAAUGGUUUGUCACAAACAACUAUGACCUCUAGCUCUGCUAUCAGCGGGAAGAAUAGCGGUAAACUAAGUGACAAGAGUAGUAAAAUGAGUGAUUCUAGUGGGAGAACAAGCGGGAGCAUGCAAAAAUUCACAGACAACAGGAGGAAGAGCCAAACAGAUGCAUGGUUUGCUUGUAUUAGGAUGGGGAGUUGCAGAAAAUCGAAAUCACCUGAACAUCGAGCAGUUGAUGAAGCUUCAUUUAUUGAGAAGGCAUUUGUGGUUGAAAACCUUACACAAUUUUGGGGAGAUAAACAUCAGCCCGGUUCAUUGAAUGGAUUCACUUGCCACAAACAAGAAGCUCAACUUCUGCAGCAAAUUGUAAGUUAUUUCAGGAUGGCAAAUUCUUUCCUCCUGUAA